UACAAGAUGGAUGGAAUCACGACAGCUUCACGCUCAACGCAACUCUGAAACAAAGUCCUGUGUCGGAGCUUCGCGGCGUCCAAAGCCAACAAACAAGGGCCAAAAUGGAGAGCCUCGUGCACUACUGUAAUCCCGCCCAUGGUAUUUCCCUGCUGAGUGCACUCAAUGAGCAGAGGUUAAAGGGCCAGCUCUGUGAUGUUGUCUUGUUAGUCGGCGAUCAACAGUACCAGGCCCACAAAAGCGUGCUUGCCUCUUGCAGUGAGUAUUUCCAGUCUGUAUUCUCCAGAAGAGACUCCGAGAACCAAUCCAUCAUUCAACUUGACUUCUGUGAAUCGGAUGCUUUUGAGAUCGUGUUAAACUACAUAUACUCAUCAUACAUGUUCGUGGAGAAAUGCAGCCUUGCAGCCAUACAAGAGCUGGGAUAUAGUCUCGGCAUUCCCUUUCUAACCAACAUCAUGUCUGCGAGACCCCAGGCAUCAUAUUGUGUGUCGAGAAAACGCGUGAUGCUUUCGGAGGAGGACGAUAUCGCUAAUCAAACGAGAAGUGUUAUUGUCCAUCAAGGUCAGAGCGAUCAACCUGCAGUAGACGUGAUUCAAAGGAGAAGUUUGAAUUUUCAGGGAAAACCAUGUAAACAGACCACAGGCAUGAUCCCGGAGCACCUCUCCCUCGCACAUGGAUUCGGUGGUCAGAGCCAUUGCUCAGGACGUGUCAGACCAAAUGAUAAAGAGACUAACAGUACCUCCAUCAGCAGAACUUCUAGCAAAAAGACGGUCGAUGGUGAAUGCACGUCCAUCAUCUCCUCACCAACGUCCAUACUGAGGCGUCGAACUGAAUACAGACCACCAUCUGCAAGGCCGCAAUUAACAUCCUCCGUGUCAUUCAGCGAGUCCGUGCAGCAUACCAGCUUACAAUCAGACCAAACCGAAGAAAGAAUGGAGACUUCACAUGAUUCCAGACCAGCAGGAGAGCAUCAGGGUCCCCGCAACCAAACCGUAGACCGGAGUGGGCCGCUGAUUAAAAGCCUGCUACGCAGAUCGCUGUCAAUGGAUAGUCCUGUUCCUGUUUUCUCUCCAGCUCUAGAGCUGAAGGACUCCCAAAGCAGGGACCAGUCUGCGGUGAAAUCGGUUACUUCGUCAGGAAGGUCAACAUCAACUGAAAGCGAGGAUCGGGUGUCAAAAGAUAAGUCGCUUAUACUCAGGUCGAGACAACGAAAUGUGUUUGAGACUGAGGGAACUCAGACUACACAAUUUAGCAUAAAAGCAGAACCCAGCAGUCCUCUUGCAGAACCUUCGGAAAUUGUUCGCAUUACUGUUGGAGAUAAUCUGCCUGUCAACUUCAAAGAGUUUCAGGCUAACUACGAGGAAGGCCCCAGAGGAUAUUUCACUCCCUCAGUAAAGAGGAAAAAUAAGUUGGAUAGUAGUUACUUGUCCUUUAAGAGGACCAGGCCUAGUAAUGAGCAUCACCUUUCACAUCAGGACAAUUCGUUUGAUGAGGUACCUUACAAUUCUAACAUCGACAUUAAUAAUGAGGAACCCGGUGAACUCAGGCCAAACAAAAUGUUUAAAUGUUGGAACUGCCUGAAGGUGUUCAGGUCAAACGCGGGUCUGUAUCGUCAUGUGAACAUGUAUCACAACCCAGAGAAGCCGUACGCUUGCGACAUUUGUCACAAACGUUUUCACACGAACUUCAAAGUCUGGACUCACUGCCAAACCCAACACGGUGUGGUGCAAAAUCCGGCAGCCUCCUCUAGUUCCUAUUCCGUUCUCGAUGAGAAAUUUCAGAGGAAACUGAUCGAUAUUGUCAGGGAACGUGAAAUAAAAAAAGCUUUGAUUAUGAAGCUCAGGAGAACCAAGCAAGGUCUGCAGUCACAACCCUUUGGCAGGAAAAGCAGACGAUCCAGGUCCUACGGAUGCCCCUACUGUGGCAAAAUGUUCUUUUUCCAGUCACAUUUAAAACUGCACAUGAAGGGACACGCCGCUGAGCCGGGUGACCUUGACACGGAUGCUGAGAGAGACCUUCAAUACAAACAGCAGCAAUUACAUCUCAAAGAAAACCAAGAAAGAGAUGUUUUUUGCUGCAGGCUCUGCAGUGAGAAACUUCCCUCUCCAUCUGAAUUGGAAGACCACGAGAGGGCCUGCAGGUAUGCCACCGUCUGCCCAUAUUGUGGCCUUCGAUUCUCCAACACAGUUGUGAAGAAAGACCACGAAGCUCACUGCAAGUACAAAAAACUGACCUGCCUCGAAUGCAUGCGCACAUUCAAGUCCUCUUUCAGUAUAUGGCGCCAUCAGGUGGAGGUGCACAACCAAAAUAUGAUGAGUGUUAAAGAGCAGCUGACCCUCGGUCUCCAGGAGAGCAAUCAGGAUGAGGAAUCGGAAGUUCUCGGUGUUCCAGCAACUCAGGAGUCGAUGCAAGAUAACAGAGAGGACAACGUUUACAGCGACUCAUCAAUUCCACCCAUGUUCGACUCUGAAGACUCAUCAUCUUACGUUCCUGAAGACCUGAGCUCCAGCCACGGUCAAGGGGAGCUGCAAGUGAAAGAGGAACCUCAAGAAGAAGCGGUUACAGGAAAGGAUAAUGUGCAUGAGAGUGCAAUCUCGGUGGGAUCAGAUGAGCCGAGUGUGUGGCCUUGUGAAAAGUGCGGUAAGCUUUUCAGUUGCCACAAAGACCUGGAGCGACAUCAAGAACUGCUUUGCCACAUCAAACCCUUCAUCUGUCACAUAUGUCACAAAGCUUUCAGGACCAACUUUCGCCUCUGGAGUCACUAUCAGUCUCACAUGUCCACUUCAGAUGGAAUGAGGGAGAUUGACAGAUUUCCAUCGUCUCCAUCACCUUCUCCGCCUCUAAUGAUUGCUUUCCCAGAUCCUCCAAGUUCUCAAGAACCUCCAGUCAAAGGGAGUCAGUCUGGGAUGGUUGCCUCAGAAGCGGAGGCCAGUGGCUCCACGUCACCAUCGACGACACUCAAGAAGCCAGAGCAGGACAAGGCUGGUGAGGAUGAACCCGGAGAGCACUUGCACGCCCAGUCAGACAGCACAGACAAGGCUAUAACCCCUCAGGAAUCCGACACACUAUUUUAUCACGCCCCGACUCUCUCAGCACUUACCUUUAAAAGGCAAUACAUGUGUAAAUUCUGUCACAGGACAUUUAAGACGGCUUUUAGUCUAUGGAGUCAUGAACAGAGUCAUACUUAAGUCUCCAUAGUUUGUAGACCUGAUCAUUGGGGUCGACUUAAGUUUAAGGAACUCUUUUUUUUUCUCAUUGUUUGAUUACAUUGGGACACACAGGCAGCCUUAUCGCUUAAAAGGGAUUUUAAGGUUGGUCAAACGCAGGGAUUUAUCCAUAACAUUUAUUUAUAGUUAAUCAUCCAUAUUCCAAUAAACAGUAUUCAGACUGUCAGAGUUUCCAGCAAGAUUUGCUUAAAAUACAUAUUUCUGAAGCAUUUACCUGUAUUGUGUUUAUUUAUUAUUCAUGCAAAUUAUGUUUGCUUGCUUCUGGCACCAAUGAUUAAGAAAGAGAGACAUAAAAUGUGUAUGGUUACUCUUUUAAAGGGAUAGUAGUUCACCCUAAAUGAAAAUUCUGUUAUUUUUUACUCACCCUCAUGUUUUUCAAAACUUUAAAAGAAGAUAUUUUGAUUAUAGAUGCCAAGCACACAGUUGAUGGUACCCAUUGACUUCCAUAGUAUUUGUUUCCCUAUUAUAAAAGUAAGUUGGUCUCAUCUUCUUGUGUGAUCAACAGAAUAAAGAAACUCAUACAGGUUUACAACAACAUGAGGGAGAGUAAAUGAUAACAUAAUUUUCAUUUUUGGGUGAACUAUCCCUUUAAGCUUGUUUUGUAUAAAUAUACCUUGUUUUAGUGGCCUUUUUGAUCUUAUUUAGCACUUUCAAGCAAAUCCAAAUAAAGUUUCUCUAAUAAAAGCACAGGUUGCUGCAUUUGAAAUCAGCCCAAAGUACCAUCAGAUGGCUCAACCAAUCAUCUCUUAGCUAUGGUCACGCAAAAAGAUGGAUGUAAUUGCAUCGCACACUUGAAAAAAGUUUUUAUUCCAUUUCCCCUUUUUUGGCAAAAAAGUUACAAAUGUAAGUGAAGUUGAUGUAAGAUGAACCCUAUAAAAAGCUGUAUUAACAGAUUCAGAUGUCAAAUAAAUUUACAAGAAUCUUUUUGAACACGGAUGUAAAAACAUGUUUAUUAUUUAAUUUCAGCAUUGCUUUCUAAAGGGAUAGUUCACCCAAAAUUGAGAAUUCUUUCAACAUUUACACACCCUAACUUUCUGUGCAAGUUCCUUUUGUUUAAUAUAAGAGGAGAUAUUUUGAUAAAUGAUGGUAAGCAUACAAGAAAUGGUACCCAUUGACUUUCAUUGUAUUUGCUUUUUCUACUAUGGAAGUUACCAUCAACUAUGCUUACCAUCAUUUAUCAAAAUAUCUUUUCUCUUAAGAAACUUAGAAUAAUGUGAGGGUGAGUAAAUCAUAACGCAAUUUUUAUUUUGGGGUGACUUAUCCCUUUAAGUUGUAUUUUUUAUGUUCACGUGUUUUUUGACUGUUAAUUGGACUUUCACGGUAUUUUCAUUUAGAGAUUGUUGAUAAUAUUCUGUGAUAGUAUUGAACAAAUAGAAGACUUAAUAUGUAAACAUAGCAGGCUUGGAUUGAUGUUGUAUGCAGUUAGUGUGUGCCUGAAAUGUGGAUCUUUAAAUAUUUUUGUUUUUUGUACAGAAUAUGCAGUAUGUGUGGGAAUUAAUUCUCAUAGAUGUGUAUAUGUAGAAGAGAUACGUAAAAACAGAUUUGUUUGAGCCUUAGAAUUUUAAUGCUGUAUCGGUACUGUAUCAGUACAUUGUGAGCUCUACCAUGGUAUGAGCACAACUUACCAGAACUCAGUACUCAGUGAUUAAUGAAGUUUUGAUGCAAUGAUGUUGAACGGUUGGACAUUCCCUGUUCAGUGACAUUUUAGUGUGACAUAAACUGUUGAAGCACAAAUCAGUAAUCUUUUUUUCUUAAUAUUUCUCAUAUUUGGCAAGUGUUAUAAAGGCUAAUAAUGCCUUGCUCUUUGCAUUUUCGAUCAGCUACUGUAAUGCAAUCUGUAUUUUGAUUUAUAAAAUUGUAAUGCAUUAUUUUGUUCAUCCCAUUUCCCUCAAAGGCAUCAAAAAUCAUUUAAAAUGUGAAAUAAUAGCUACAUUUAUUAUUUUAGCUAUUGUUUCACUGAAAUUGAUUCGGUUUGCAUUUACAUUUGUCCCCAGUAUUACAUGACACUUAAUAUCAACGUUUGGUUAUUUACAUUAAUUACAGUAUCAGUAAUUGAUAGAUGUCCAAUUAAUACUCAAUACAUUCAUUUGACUCCGAUACAAAGAUUGUAUGACAUUGAAUUAACAUUAAUGAAAGAACAUUUGAAUUCUCAAAAUCAUUUUUAUGGUCUUUAACUUACUUUGUAUAAUAUUUUCUCUGUUUUAUGAAAAUUAUAUCUUUGGUAUUCCUGUGGUAUCACUGCAAUAACUAAUAUUCGUAAGCACUUGAAUUGUUCUAAUGUGGCUUUAAAAACUGUAUCAGUUUUGUGUUAAAGCAUUUUUCUACUGUUUUCUGUGCUUGCUUUCUAAAAAUAAAUAAAUAUCAAUACUGUGUAA